AUGGUCGUUAAAAUCCGUCUCGCCCGAUUUGGGCGCCGAAACUCCCCAUUCUACAACAUUGUCGUGGCUCAUGCUCGUACUGCGCGCAACUCUCGUCCUCUCGAAGUCAUUGGCACAUACGAUCCUGUCCCCAAGCCCGACCCCUAUGACAACUCUGGCAAACUGCACAAGGACAUCAAGCUUGACUCUCAGCGCGCACGAUACUGGAUUGGUGUUGGUGCUCAGCCCACUGACACGGCAUGGCGACUACUAUCCAUGGUGGGCAUUCUACCAAAGAGGGACUUUGCUCCAAAGGCAGACGAAUCCAAGGGCAGUGUAAAGGCGGGCGAUGUGAGGAUUCGGUAA